AUGAAACCAGUAGUGUCCACAUUCCAAGCAUAUUGCUGCUUUAUAACCUCGGCGUUCGGUAUUGCGAUCUUGUCAGUCAUCGGCUAUCUUUUCCAGACCAACAGUGAGUCAUUUAUGGGUUCAAUCAAUGACCCCGCUGAUGGCCCAGCAGUGGCAAAGACGGUGUUUGGCGCCGUGUUUGUCUACUUGGCGUUUUUCGUGUUUUGCGGACUACAAAUUGUUUUGAUAAAGAGACAAUCUCGUAUUCAAAUAUAG